CAUGCUACUCAAUUUGACACCAUCCGAUCCAUGAACAAUAGAGUUUUGCCCAUUAUAGAGGCAUUUUUUUAGUUUUACCAAACCAGACAAGUUAGACAUUAGACAUUUAUCUGAGCUUCAGUGCGCUCAUUCGAACUCUCUCUCCCCGGCAACAAACCCUGCCAGCCCCACUGCCCACCACUACACUGCGGCAGUAAAUACCUCGUGAAACUAUCAAAUCUUUGUUUCUCCAUUCAACAUCUUCUCAGGUUGUGAGUAUAUAGUCUCUAAACUCGCUAAGAUAUGUGGAUUUCUAGAAUUUCUGGUCUUGGAGCUCAGGCAGUUAAAAGAUUAACCCAAGGCAAAUUUGUUUGCAUGCCAAAGGCUCCAUAUUUAAAUGUUUCUUCUUCCCGGGUACAGACUUUGCUUCAGCUUCCUCCCCAGGUGCAUCGAUAUCUUUGUAAUACUGCUACUGACUCUUGCAAUGAUAAAAAUGAAGUUGAGCAAACAAUAAGUGUAACCUUUGUUGAAACGGAUGGAACACAGAAACACGCAAAGGUUCCUGUUGGCACAAGUAUGCUAGAAGCUGCUCUUUCAAAUGACAUUGAGCUAGAAGGAGCAUGUGAAGGAUCCUGUGCGUGUUCUACAUGUCACCUUAUCGUGAUGGAUGUGGAUUACUACAACAAACUGCUGGACCCAACUGACGAAGAAAAUGACAUGUUGGACCUUGCCUUUGGGCUUACAGAAACGUCUCGUUUGGGUUGCCAAAUCGAAGCAAAGCCUGAAAUAGAUGGAAUUCGUUUGGCUCUGCCUGGGGCCACUUGAAACUUUGCAGUUGAUGGAAACAUGCCAAAAUCAGACAGCCAUACAGCAGGCUACAGUAGGCGGAGUGAGCGCUGCCUUGUGUUUAAAUCUACUAUGGGGCUAUGGCCUCCUGUAAUACUUACUUUUAUUUCGUGGAUGUACUUGUAUCAAUUCUCACAGCAUUAAACUUUCUAUUUUGACAUGGUUAAAGUCCUCGUGUACCAGUAGCAGGGAAAUCCGAACCACACAACCCUUAACAUGGAAUAGCAUCAUCACACCUUCUCUUUCCAUCUAAAUCAAGUCAUCAAAUGCACCAGUUGCAAUUUCUGCAGUAACAAUUCUUUUCUUAUCUGUGGUUAUCUUCUUCAAAAGCUCACUCAUGUCAAGGUCAUUUUCAUUGAACCUUGUAACAUGCUUUUUAUCCAUCUUCAAAGUUGAAUACCUCGGCUUCAGCAUGUUGCACCAUAACAGGCGAUUUUGUGGCUAAAGUCAUGGAUGUUCACAAUGACCAUAAAAGGCGACUUUGUGGCUUAAGUUAUGGAUGUUCGCAACGGGGGAUACCAUGCACAUUGUGUGAGAAGCAGGCUAUAUGGAGAUUGAAGCGGAGCUGGUGUGGUGAAUGUAAACAUCAGGAGGAAAGAAAUAACUCACCUGCUAUGACAUUUUUGAACUGUUGGGACAAAAAUGUUAUGGAAUCAUUUCAAACAGUCUGGUAGGAAUUAUAUUGGACUGUGCAAAUUUUUAAUUUAAGACCCAAAUAAACACAUGGGAUGAAAAAAAAAUAAAUAAAAAUAAAAUCCAUGUCAGUCGUUGUGAGAAUCGAUCCUAAGAUCUCCUGGAACCGGGAGGAAAGCUCUUACCACUUGAGCUAUCCUUCACUCUCAUUAACUCAAUAGUCUCAAUACCCUUACAUUUUGUUUUAAGAGGCAAGUUACAUUCACGAAACAUAAUUCAUCUUACAGUAAAUUAGGGUCUGUUUUCAUACGUUGAAAUUCAGUUUAGCUCUUAAUUUUCUUCUCUUAUGAAAUAUUCAGCUCA